AUGCUCGUUUUGGGCGACAAUUACGCUAUCAAUCUUGGGCCAAUGGUUUAUGAUGCUUUUUAUGAGCAUGCAAAUGAAUUCAAUAUACUGACUCUGAAAGGGUGUGACACGAUGGUGCGUCAUCAGAAACCGAACUGCAAAGUCAAAGUGAAUUAUACGGAGAUGCUAGAGACGUUGAAACCGGAUGUGAUUUUUGUACUUCAAAGGCAUUUGGUGGCUAAGAAGAAACUCAAUUACGAGGUGCUCAUAGAUGAUGAUGAAGUAUUCCAAGAACAGUUAGCUAAAUUGAAUAAGAUGGAGCAAAUUGCUAAAAAGGUUUACAUUCUCCAAGCCUUGCCCUCGCUGCGCAGAAAGAAUUACGACCGAAUUUAUUCUGUAAAGCUUGUGAAGAGAUUAGAGGUGAGAUAA